GCAGGGCAUUCACCCAGUGGCACUUGCGGAGCUGGUUUAUGGCCACAGUACCAGAAGGGACAUCAGCCAGGGCCUCCUCGUUCCUGUGGGCUUCCCAAAUAGAAGCAAGCUCUUCUAUGUUCUCCCCAGGGCCAACAUGAAGAUCGCUCUGUGCUUGUCACUGAACUGACGAAUGUCCUCGGACGUCACCUCCCUGCAAGUGUCUGAGUGACACGGCUGUGGAUUCCCUUCCCAAAAUCAGAGCUGCCUGCUGUCGGAGGAAACUAUUCCUGGGCCUCCAGGGAGCCGAGAUGUUCAUCAUCGAGGUGAAAGGUGCAGAUGACGUCCACCUCAGCUUCUUUCGCCUCCUGGUCUUCCUCGUGGUCCUGUUCUGUGGAACUCUCGCUGUCACUGGGUCCGAGGCUAGUCACGAGGCUCCAGUCCUGUGAAUGGCCAGGGAUGUUCUUCACCUCCUUGGGUGGGGCGUCCACCCAGUGGCACUCGUGGGGCUGGUUUAUGGCCACAGUACCAGAAGGGCCGUCAGCCAGGGCCUCCUCCUUCCUGUGGGCUUCUCAAAUAGAAGCAAGCUCUUUUAUCUGUGAACUGACCACACUGCACAGGACUGAUUAUACAGAUUCCGAGGAGCCCACAGUCUCCUUCUGGAAAGGAAGGAGACUGAUGAUCUCAAUGUCCUCCUCCCCACAGGCCUUGUGUUCUGGCCUCUCCCCAAAAGCAGGGCCCUCGGUGUCACUGGGCCCUGGCAGGGGGAGCAGACCUGCUGUUGGGUCUUCAGGGCCAGUGCCCUGGCUGUGCUCUGGAGGGCCCUGGGCCUCUCUGCCUUCGAGUUAUGGUGCAUCUCCAGGCUGGAGGUGUCCACGCAGAGUGCCAGGAGUGGGCUCACAGGUUGAGGGGUCGUCUUCUGCCUCUGGUGUCCUGGUUGCAUCCACUUCUUGCCGAGAGUGUCCACUCGGAUCCACGGCCUCAUCAUGUGGCUCCUGCUCUUCUCCCUGCUCAUCUAGUGGCUUGAUGGUUCUGGCCGGAAUUCAGGGUACCAGGGGGUGGGGGAGGCUGGCCCACCACGCCCUGUCUACAGAGCAUAAUGCUGUGCCUUUUGCGUGGGCGCUGGUGCUUGUGCACCUUGCAGCCCUGCAGCUUAAUGCACGGAAGCAGGCACAGCCAUGUCAAUACCUCGCGGAACCGUCCCGACGACUGGGCUUCUCGAAGAGUUCGGGCAUGAGGGCAGGCGCGGGGGCAGGCUCGGGGACGAGAGCAGCUUCAGGGUCACGUUGGGGCCUGGGUUCAGGAACCUGGGGGGCAGUUUCUCCAGGAACCUCCUCAUCACCGGACAUGUGUACCAAGUGGGUGGGGCCGCAGCCACAUUUUUUGGAGCAGUUCCCCAUCUCAGACCACUACUGUGGGAAUAACUGGCACAAGUGCAGGGCUGAGGGCCUGUGCAGGGGUGUCACCACCCUGCACCCAGAAGGGAUCUCAAAAGAUGCUGAUGACGUCCACCUCAGCUUCUUUCGCCUCCUGGUCUUCCUCGUGGUCCUGUUCUGUGGAACUCUCGCUGUCACUGGGUCCGAGGCUAGUCACGAGGCUCCAGUCCUGUGA